CAGUCACCGGGAGAGGAGCGAGGGUGGGCCAGGCUGCCCCUGCUCUGCUCAGGGAUGGUCCCCAGGGACCAAGGGGUCAGGGCGGAGAGACAGACAGAGGAGGGUGUCUCCAGACGCAGCCAAUCGCGAGCCCCGGCGCUCGCUCCCACCCCCCGCUCUGCAGCCCGCGCCGGCCGCGCAGCGAGUGACCCAGCAGCCCGCGCUAGCCUCGGCCAUGCCGUUCCUGGAGCUGGAGACCAGCCUCCCGGCCGCUCAGCUGCCCCAGGGCUUAGCCGGCAAGCUGUGCGCGGCCGCUGCGGCUAUCCUGAGCAAGCCCGAGGAGAGGAUAAACGUCACGGUGAAGAGCGACUUGUCCAUGGUGGUUGGAGGCUCCCCAGCACCCUGCGCUCAGCUGUUCGUCUCAUCCAUCGCAGUGGUGGGAACUGCGGAGCAGAACAGAGGGCACAGUGCCAAGUUCUUUGAGUUCCUUACCAAGGAGCUGGGGCUCGGUGCAGACAGGAUUGUUAUCCGUUUUUAUCCACUGGAACCUUGGCAGAUUGGCAAGAAAGGAACUGUCAUGACUUUCUUAUGAUCUCUUCAAGAAACCCAUUAAAAAGAAACCCUUGUGGAGGGCACAACCCAAGGAUGGCCAGCUCUACCUGUUUGUUUCUAUGCAAGAUCUGAUAUGUACCCUUCUGCACUUCCACUCAUAUAGUUCCUUUCUGUUUCUGUGUGCACCCAUCUCCAAAGCGGGGCUUACCAGCCAAACUCUUUGAAAGUAACAGUUGGAGGUUUUUGUCUCACACCUGUCUUGCGGCUCAGAGACAAUGCAGUUACCUAUGAUCUCAAACAAAACUUGAAUUGUGAGCUUUGUUUAGCUGGAAGUUUGUUUUGUCAUCAGCAGCGUCAUGAUGGCCUUCCUUAUUUGGAUCCAGUUAAUCCAAGUUCUGUAGUCUUUUCCUUUAGCAAUGAACGGUUUUUUCUGUUGUGUGACUGGCAUCGCUGAUAACUGACAGGGGAGGUUCUCCAGUUUUGUUCAGCCUGAGGGCCGCUUUGCAAGAGAAAGAUCCUGUCAUGUGCCAACCUUUCCUCUCCCCCCCCCCCCCUUAUUGGACCCAGGGCCUUGCUACAUCUGCUGUAAUGCCCAUUCUCUUAGUAGGGGAGUUUUUCCCUUGGCGCCCUUCUAGUUGGUCACUUUAUAACUGGAUUAUACACAUUAUAUACAUUUUAUUACAAAAAAACCCUUAACCCCCCUAGUUAUCGUCUAUGGGAUUUCCUUACUUUUGCAUUUCACUCAGCAGAGAUAAUGAAGAUAGAGUUGUCAGUUUCAUUUUCAUUUAUAGUCACUUUCUAAGGUCCAAAUCCUGCAAACAUUUAGGCAUAUGAAUAGUUGCACUGAAUUCAUUGGGAUUACUCAUGUGAAUAAGUGUUUUGAGGGUCACGAUUAAAUCUUUCAUUUUCUGGUUCUGAUGUACUACUACAGUGUUUAAUUGUCAGGUAUUUACAGCAUUGCAAGGGAAUAAUUACAUUUAAAAAUGAACUAAUUUCCUCUUUCAUUGCUCACAGAAUACUUUUUAUUCCAGUUAGGUUUUGUAAUUUUUUUUUAAACACAAUAAAAAAUGUGGGUGUCAAGUUGGAAGUGUCUUUCACUUAUUCAAAAAUAACUGAAACCAAUUAGAUUAUUCAAAAAUAAUUAAAACCAAAUGAUUUAUUAAUAUCUGAAGCUAGUUACUACACAUGCAGCAUAACUUUCUUCCAUUGUUGCAAUAUCACUGUCCUCUAAAUAAAAUCUGCACUAAGUGCAGAUUUAUGUGUUAGUGUCAUGAGUUGGGUGUUUAUCUGGUCAAUAAAAGUUUUAUCAAAAUACUUUUAGUGUGUGUCGAUUCACUAGAUUAUCGUAAUACUUUCACUCUGUUUCCCUUUCUCCUUCUAUCUCACUCACUCUAAGCACAGUUGUAGAUAAAACAACUAUCCACGCUGCCUAUGUUUAUUUUUCUCAUGAGAUCUUUUCAAUUAAAUGCUUUUAAAACUAGGAUAGUAAAUGAAACAAUUGUGUAUCACUGAGCAUAUGACCAGUGACCUUAGAAAUCCGUUUGUCAUGGAAAAAAAGCUGAACCUGCAUUUUUACAAAGAAUCUUUAGUUUUUACUUUUUGUGAUAAAAUAAAAUUUUACUGAAAGUA